AACGUUUCGCUUUCUGAAGCAUGCUAUUUUCGAAGCUUUUCCGCAGUUCUCAAAUUUCAUCUGGAGUUUUCCUUCAUUUUACAAGUUAAUCAAACAUUUUAAGUUUAAAAUCAGUUUCAAAUAAGUGCCACAAAAGUAAUAUAUUGUAAAUAAAUCUUUGAAACAUAAUGGCCAGUGAGCUGUCCCGGGGCUUUCGGGAGGAUUGUUACGGAUUGAUUCACGACUUUGCCCGGAACGAUUCGCUGGAUUUCCGGUACUUCUGCCAGGAGUGGAAAAAAGCCAACUUUCAUUUGGUUUUCUACGGCCGAAACACGGACACCGAGCUGAUAGAAUUCAUCAACGAGGGGCUGCUGAUCAGUAAAUACAUUUUCCUGAAAGCCAAAAAGCCACUGGAAAAAGUGGGAGCAUUCUAUCUGCUCUACACCUUGUACUUCAAACAACCGACCAACAUGUUCUGUAAGAUCCGGGUAACGCUGAAUCAGUGGCAGGAGAUGAAGGAUUUUGUGCAACAACCCGUUCCGGAACGGGAGUGCCAUCAGAUAGCGGCCAUUUUUUGGAAAAUGUUCAUCGCCGAAGCGUUUCGGUUUGUGGUGGACGAUCGGGAGCACGGUUAUGAUCCGUUUUUCAUCAAAGGUCUUCAGUCGAGUAGGUACGACGAGCGCGUUUGUGAGUCGUUCAAAAUCAUCAAGGAAGCCGAGAAGGAUUUCAAGGCGAUGAAAUCCAAUACCGGACUGUUUACGGCCCUAGAUGCCCUCGAGAUGGGAUACAACGAAAUGAAGGAGUCGUUGGAUGAGCCGGAUGUUACAAUGGGUGACCAGGUCACAUCCAGUGAUCCACCCGCGGACAAAAUCCCUCAAUCGAACCUUAUGGAAACCCUGCACAAAGAUCUGGACACCCUGAUCGCAAUUCUGAACACAAAUGACAAACAACAGCAGCAACCGCAGCAAAGUGCCACCUCGGAAGAGGAAGGACGUGACGCGGACCGAUCGGAGGUUCAAUCCAGUGAUAAUAUCGGUGAUAAGCGAUCCUCGAUUAGGGAUAAGGCCUUCCGGAGGAAAGUUCAGCGACGGGAUCUACAAAUUGCUACGGCUUCCACCAGUUCCGGGAGCAGCUCUCAGGUCAGCUCUAGCAACACAGGCAACUAUACUAAGCCUCGAGGGCUCAAAUUCCGGAGGGUCAAUACCAGUCAGGUGCUGGUUAAUAGCGAUCUGUAUGCCAAUUUGGAAAGUUCCGAUGAAGACGAGCACCAACCGAACGCCUCAUAGUCUGGAAGAACACGCGUCUUUCGCCGUCUGAACGAUCGCCGCCAUGCCACUUGUCACUUAGUGAGUGGACAGGUGCGUGAAUGUUUGCUUAGUGCAAAAAUCAACCGAUCCCCGUUUCUUUCUUAUAAUAUGUAUAAAUACUACCGGCGAAUGAUGAUGCAAUGUGCACGGCCUUUACGAAUGGAUCUCCUGAGAUUUUAGCAAACCCCGUCAAACAUCUCCACUUGCUUCUUGUUGCAAACGUGAAAGCAUCCAAUCUGGCUGAUAUGUUGUAAAAUGUUAGACAAACGGCUGAACUACCCAUGCGUGCAACACUUUAUGAGGUGUGAUAAACGUGCUAGCGCGAGUGCUGAACCUUAACAAACUUAACCACCCUGUCGUCUACUCCGUGAUCUGUUGGUUGAAGCAUUGAGGAAGGUGAUACAACUUGAGGGUGCGUAGGUGGAUUCUACCUAUUCCGGCAAGUAGCGGUUUUGACGCUGAUGAUUGGACUUAAACUCAGUUCAAAUAAUCGACAACGUUGAUGCGAGUUCGAUUCUUGACGACGACUUCAGCGUGUGAAUCACGCACGCGGCCUCUCCUUUUGUGACGAAGCGAUUGGAUCGUUUGAGCACACAAUAAAGAAGAUUGAAUUAUGGAAUGAAUUGAUUUUGCUUACUUUUUUAUGACGACGACGACGAGGCAGAGCUGGGCAAAAAUACUUCCGUGGAGGUUCGUUUGACUUCCCUCGGGCAACAACGAAGCUUAUUUACGAUAACGACGGAAUUAAAUCGAAAAAUCCCAAACAAGCAUCAAUGUUCAAUCGGAUUAUGGUAAUCAGAAACAAACAUGUGCAAAAUGGGCCCGGUAUACAUUGUUUGGGCUGGCCGAUCUGAUUGGAAUCGCUGAAUUUUGUACCGAAUAAAACCGUUCAGUUGUAUUUGAUAGUUUAUGGCCAUACCUUUUGAUUUUCCUGCGUUAAGCAAGAACAAAGCCACGCGUAGUUUAAAUUGAAAUUAAUAUACAGACAAUUUAGACCCUCUACUGCAUGAGGCCAAAAAAUUUGGUCUUUAGGAAUAACUUUAUUGAACUCUCGCUAAGCAAUUUAUACCAAAACAAAAUUAUUUUCUCAACAGUUCAUAUUGAUUUUAUAGCGUAAGAAACGAGAUAAAUAAAAUUUAAAAUUUGUUCAGUUUUUUAAUUCCCACAGUUCAACUUUGGAUGCAAUAAAAUUGUUUUAAAUUUUUAACAGUAUUGAAAUAAGAUAAAAAAUGUGAAAAAAGGUCGACGUCAUAUAUGGGCUCGCAUGCAGUAGAGGGUUAACAUUGACAUGUGAUUUCACUUGAUUUAUCUAAAAAAAUGUUCGUUAAUCAAAGAAAGAGAUUUAGAAGUUUAGCGUAAAAAUAAAUAAAGUGGUCUCGCAUUUUCUUGACAUUUCAACUUUAUUAUUUCGAAACUUUUUUCCAUGAUCUUUUUGAAUUUUACUGUCUAUUAUAACAACACCAAGAACCUUUUUCAAGAUUCACACGAAAGAAAAGUUCAACAAUAAGAAAAGUUGUUUCCUACGCCAGAAGUUAUGAUACUAGGCUUAACUGCCGCUGAUAGCACGUCCGUCCCAUUUGCGUUUUCAUCAUUUUUUAGUUUAUCGGUGGAAUCAAAGUAAAAUUAUCUGUAGUUUAGGAGAAAAUUUCAUUUUAAGAACUUAUUUCUGGUGAACAUUAAAAAAACCUCGAGUACAUUUUGUCCCAUUGUCAAAAUGAUCGCAACUAGGCCCCAUCGAGAAAAUCAUCACAUGUCGGUCCCGAAGUCAAUUUUUAUUAUAGUGAAAGACGUUUUGUGUAUUAAUUCAUUGCGUAUUAAAUCACCCAGAAAAUUCAAAUAUGCUUCAAAUGAAGUUUGUCUUUAAUUAUUGGUUUUGCC